UAUCAAUCGAAGCAUGGAACAGCGCGGGGUUGGAGAUUGAAGAACACACGCCAUCGGAAUCACGCGUCUGUACGUGGGUACGAGCGUGGGGGGAAGUAAAUAAACCGACAUUGGAGGUGGGCGGUUUACGCCACCCGGAGGUACAAGAACCUUACGGUGCGCCACCAUCACGUUACAAAAGUCCGCAUUGAUUGAACGCUUAUAUUUGCUUGACCUUUUCGCCUUUUUGAAUCUCUCGUCGAGUUUAUUCUUUUAUUGUUUCUUUCCUUUAUUGAUCUUCAUGGAAGUUCAUGUAAAGCAAGAAAUUAUGGAACAUUCCACCGCCAUGCGGCGGAAGAACGAGAAUGAUAAACCUUCGAGAGACCCCAUCCCACUUAUCCAGCUUAGUAGUAGCAGCGACUCGGAUUCAGACGAUGAUUCCGACGACUCGGACUCGGAGGAGAACGAAAAUAACGGCGCCACGGUUGCUGCUUCUGGUAGAAGUGGGGCUUGGACUAAUGGUUCUGCCGCCAAGAAGAGAAGGAAGUUAGAUGAGCCAGGAGUCGUGUUGCCCGUGGGAUUUCUGCAAUCCCUUCCCCCUGAGGAACCGCUUCCUUCGCCUGCUCCGUCGAUGGAGUUGGCAGUAUUCGUGCCUAAGAAGCUGGUGAGUGAUGCUGUGAGAUGUAAGCAGUUCUGGAAGGCUGGGGACUAUGAGGGAGCCCCUUGUGGUGAUUGGCAGUUUUCUUCAGGUGGCAUGGAUCAUGUCAGGGUUCACCCCAAAUUCCUGCAUUCUAAUGCAACCAGUCAUAAGUGGGCCCUUGGAGCAUUUGCAGAACUUCUGGACAACUCUUUGGACGAGGCCUGCAAUAGAGCUACAUAUGUUAAUAUAGACAUGCUUGAAAGUAGGAAAGAUGGAACCAGAAUGCUACUGAUUGAAGAUGACGGGGGAGGGAUGGAUCCUGAUAAAAUGCGUCACUGCAUGUCUUUAGGGUAUUCUGCAAAAAGCAAAUUAGCCAACACAAUUGGACAGUAUGGCAACGGAUUUAAAACUAGUACCAUGAGGCUUGGAGCAGAUGUAAUAGUAUUUUCACGUUGUUGUGGAGAUAACGGAAAAAGGUUCAUUUCUCUUUUUCUUUUUCUCGACUAUGAAAGAAGCGGAUGUGAGUGGAACAAAUUGAUUCGCAGUUCUGUUAGUGAUUGGAAUAAAAAUGUCGAAACAAUUGUUCAGUGGUCUCCAUUCUCUAAUGAAGCAGAUCUCCUCCGCCAGUUCAAUCUGAUGAGGGAUCAUGGCACACGCAUAAUCAUCUAUAAUCUUUGGGAAAAUGAUGAAGGGAUGUUGGAGCUUGAUUUCGAUGUUGAUCCCCAUGAUAUCCAACUGAGAGGUGUCAACCGAGAUGAGAAGAAUAUACAAAUGGCCAGACAGUUCCCCAACUCGAGGCACUUCCUUACUUACCAGCAUUCACUAAGAUGUUAUGCAUCAAUUCUCUAUCUAAGGCUUCCUCCUGGCUUCCGAAUCAUUCUUCGUGGGAAAGAUGUUGAUCACCACAACAUAGUGAAUGAUAUGAUGAUGACUCAAAAAGUUACAUAUCGGCCACAGUCUGCAGUUGAUGGAACUCCAAAGGAUCCAAAUAUGUCUGCUACUGUGACUAUUGGAUUCGUGAAGGAUGCUAAAUCUCACAUUGAUGUUCAAGGGUUCAAUGUUUACCACAAAAAUAGACUCAUUAAGCCAUUUUGGAGGCUGUGGAAUGCUGCAGGAAGUGAUGGCCGUGGAGUGAUAGGUGUGCUGGAAGCUAAUUUUGUUGAACCAGCGCAUGAUAAGCAGGGGUUUGAGCGUACUACAGUUCUUGCAAGACUUGAGUCAAGACUAAUACAAAUGCAAAAAAAUUACUGGAGCUCCAACUGCCACAAGAUUGGCUAUGCUCCGAGGCGAAAUGCAAAAGAUCUGCAUGAGUUUGAAGAUAGAGAUAUAGAGUCUUCUAAAACCUCUCCACAUCAUAUGCAUAAACCUUCUGAAUCAAAAAAGAAGAGUACUCCUUCAAGCAGCCAGAAGGGAGUAUCAGGUUCAGACAGACCUCAUCAGAAUAAGAAGCAAAUAGGAAUAGUUUCUGAAAAAUGCGGGAACAGGCUUUCAUCCAGCAAAGCCUUCACAAAAUCUGGGAGAACAGUAAGCUCUUCUGAGCCGUCAUCACCUGAUGUGGAGGAUGUCAAUGAUGAUGUGCAUUUUCGACAACCUGAGAGACAAGCCACUGGCACUAGCAAAAUGACAUCUCUUAGGGAGUCUUUUGGAAAAGUGUUGCAUGUUACACAUUCAUUUUCGCACUUGGAAAGCACUGGAGCGGAGCAAGGUUGUUCAUCUGGUGGAAGAACUCCUGGACAGAGUACUGGAUGUUCCCGUUCUGCCUCUGAUUUACAUUCUAUAGAUCUGUUAAAACAAGAGAACCGAGAAUUGAGAGAAUUAUUGGAGAGAAAGGAGGCAGAGUUUCUACAAGAGUUACAGCAUGAGAGAGAUCGGUGCAAAUCACUUGAGGCAGAGCUGGAAUUGGCAAGACAAAAAAUUGAAGACUUGAACAAGGAACAGGAAAGUCUAAUUGAUAUAUUCUCAGAGGAGAGGGAUCGACGGGACAAGGAGGAGGAUAGUUUGAGAAGGAAGCUAAAGGAUGCAUCUAAUACCAUUCAAGAAAUGUUGGAGAAGGUUAAGCUGUUGGAGAAGAUGAAGCCUUGCAAUAGCAAGCCAGUGCGGUGAGAGACUUAAAAGUUGUAGAUGGGCAGUUUUUUUCCCUCCUGGGUUUUUUUUGCAGCGUCAGCGGCAUCUAAUUUCUUAGAGAUUUCAGAGAAGAAAUUUCUUCUACCAUAGUUGACCAAAUAGAAUCAGUCAUGUUGUAUAUUCAGCUAGCAUUAGUCGUAUUUCUCCUGCCUAGCCCAGUUUCAUGGCUGUAUUAAGGACAGAAUGUUGGUCAUAUCUUUGUAUCUAUCCUUAGUUCCAAAUUUCCAAA